AUGAAACCCGACAUCGUUGCUGCCCUCUACGGGGCCAUUCUGCUUGCCAUUACGCACAGCGUGUACGCGCAGUCUUAUUUCUCCUGCAAUCCCGACAGUCCGUACGCUUUUUUUCGCCAGCCGCUAUGGAGGUGUCAAGUCUGCGGAGACUAUCUCCGUGGUAGUGCUCCCAUCGGGUGCAACCCACAAAAUGCUACUUUCGAUGACAUCCCGGUCGGACCGAUCGGCAACUACCAACAAACGAACUUCACGAACUUCGUCAACGUCGCCGACAACAUCCCACAUUCUCUGCUGCCCCUGGUGAAACCUGCAUCCAAGCCGAAAUUCGCCAAACUCGCCGCCGGCAAGACCGGCAUUCUCGCCUACAACUUCGACGCGCCCGCCGGGAACUACGUCGGCGGAUUCCUGAAGACCAUGCGCUUCGCCUGCGCGCUCCCGUUGACGAUCAUCCCCGUUGCCUGCAAAGUCACCGUGGCCACCACUUGCACCGCCUCUGGGGGAUUCGAUCCGAACCAGGUGGAGACUACCGUCACGUCCUAUCGCUAUGCUGGCGGUCUCAAUGCGACUCUGGCAUCCUUGACGCCUGGUCUGCCGACGCAGUUCAGCUGCUUCAACAAUACCAUCACUGCCAAAUCGCUUCUUGGCGCUCCGGUGGAUCUUUACCUUGAUGAAGUGCUGCAUGGUAAUUGGGUUUUUCGGAAUAUUUGA